AUGCACAUCAAACGAGCGAUCACGCUCUCUCCGAUUGCCCUCCAGCAUCUCAAUUUCUCCUUCCCUGACUGCUCCGCUCCGCCCCUUUCCACCAAUGGCAUCUGCAACACCUCUCUCGACUACUACUCGCGCGCAUCCGCCCUCGUGUCCGAGUUCACGACCACGGAACUCGUGAACAACACCAUCAACUUUGCGCCAGGCGUACCCAGGCUCGGCAUCCCCAACUACCAGUGGUGGACAGAAGCACUUCACGGCGUCGCCGGCAGCCCUGGUGUCAACUUCAACCCGGACAACACCGCCGAGUAUGGGUCCGCGACCAGCUUUCCGCAGAUCAUCAACCUGGGCGCUACCUUCGACGAUGCUCUCUACCAAGAGGUCGCUUCGCACAUCGCCAACGAGACGCGCGCGUACAGUAACGCUGGCAAGGCAGGACUGAACAUGUACAGCCCGCUCAACAUCAAUGCUUUCCGCGACCCACGGUGGGGACGAGGUCAAGAGACCGUGGGUGAAGACCCUCUCCACCUCAGCAGGUACGCCGUCAAGGUCGUACAUGGUCUUCAAGGUCCUGCAGCUCUCGACGAGAACAAUCCCCGUCUUUCACUUGCAGCCACGUGCAAACACUAUCUCGCCUACGAUGUCGAGGAGUACCAAGGUGUGGAGCGCUAUCAGUUCAAUGCGCUCGUUUCGAAGCAGGAUCUGGCCGAUUUCUUCCUGCCUCAGUUCCGUGCUUGUGUGCGCGACGGAGGUGCAACGACGCUCAUGACCUCGUACAAUGCUGUCAACAGCGUACCCCCCUCGGCGAGCAAGUACUACCUCGAGACCCUCGCCCGCAAGAGCUGGGGCCUGAGCAAGCGUCACAACUACGUCACCUCGGACUGCGACGCUGUGGCCAACGUCUACGACGGCCACCACUACGCCAACAACUACGUCCAGGCGGCGGCGGACAGCAUGAACGCCGGUUGCGAUCUUGACUGCGGUGCAACGUACAGUGAUAACCUCGGUCAGGCCCUCGAACAGAACCUGACCGACGUUGCAACGAUCCGCCGCGCCGUCACACGUAUGUUCUCGUCCCUCGUGCGCCUGGGAUAUUUCGACAGCGCCGAAUCGCAGCCUCUGCGCCAGCUCGGCUGGAACGACGUCAAUGCAGCUCCUGCGCAGCGUCUGGCGUAUACGAGCGCUGUAUCGUCCAUCACGCUUCUCAAAAACCACCAGUCCACGCUGCCGCUCAAGAAAGACUCGCUCAAGGGCAAAAAGAUCGCCGUCAUCGGUCCCUACACCAACGCGACCUAUGCGCUGCGCGGCAACUACGACGGCCCAUCGCCGUUCACCAUCACCGUGCUGGACGCUGCCAAACGAACCUUCACCGACUCGACCGUGGUCUGGGCUAACGGGACCUCGAUCAAUGGAGCCUACAACUCGACCUCUGCUGGUGAAGCUAAGAGUGUUGCUUCCGACGCCGACGUGAUCAUCUUCGCAGGCGGUAUCGACCCGACGGUGGAAGGCGAGUCCCUCGACCGUACUUCCAUCGCAUGGCCAUCGAACCAGCUUCAACUCAUCUCCGAUCUCUCCUCGCUCAACAAGACGCUGGUCGUCGCCCAGUUCGGCGGCGGGCAGGUGGACGGUGCGCCGCUGAAGAGCAACUCCAACGUCGGUGCGCUCCUGUGGGCGGGGUACCCGGGUCAAUCCGGGGCACUUGCGCUGAUGGAUGUCGUUGCUGGUAACGUAGCCCCUUCAGGACGACUGCCCAUCACGCAGUACCCCGCGGACUACAUCGACGGGCUGUCCGAGGCAACGAUGGCCUUGCGCGCGAACAAGACGGCUGGCUACCCGGGUAGGACGUACAAGUGGUACGAUGGUAAGCCGACCUAUCCGUUCGGUUUUGGAUUGCACUACACAAAGUGGAGCGCGUCGAUGGAGUCUCCCAGCACAUACACUAUUUCGAGUAGCGAAGAAGGUUACGCGGAACACGUCGAGGUGGCAAACGUCAAGGUCAACCUCAAGAGCAUUGGAAAGGUCACCUCCGACUACGCUGCGCUGCUGUUUGCCAAGCACCAAAAUGGACCUGCACCCUAUCCCAAGAGAACGCUGGUUGGGUAUGCGAAGGUGAAGAGUAUUUCUCCAGGCGAGCAGAGAAGCGUCGAGAUCGUGGUCACCCAAGCUGCACUGGCUAGGGCGGAUGAGGGCGGAAACGAGAUUCUCUACCCCGGAGAGUACACGCUGGAGCUCGACACCGAGGGCUGUGGAGAGGGCGAGCUGGCAAGCACAAAGUUAAUGCUCGAGGGUCAGGCGAAGAACGUGAUUCCUUGGGUGCAGGGAGACAUGUCGUAG